AUGACGACUACCACUCUGGUAUCAGGCCUUCGCGGCCCCUCACUUAUCUCUGACUCUCAACCAAAGCAUUGGGAGGACGCUGAGAAGGCGUCUAUUCUAGAAGCCUUUGAAGAGGCAAUGAGCUGCCACAAAUGCACCAUCAAAGUGACCGAAGCAACAAUGGCGAUAGACAUCGAGCGUGGCUCAUAUCUUACGACCAGCUACCCGCCGCUCUUUCCCAACAACCACAAACGAGAUGAAGACAUCUCUCCCUUAGAUAUCUCCAGCCCAAACCUGGAGCAAUCUUUCUGGGGACUAAUCAACGUCGCCCAACGACAACACUACUACGAUAUCGUCGAGCAAAAGCUAGAUCAGAGACUCCUUGACGACCCGACAGUGGACGAAAACAUAGCUGCUCUGUUCGCCCAUUACCAAGUUGACUUUCACAUCAACCAACACUACCUUUCCCGCAGAGGAGUCCUCACUCUCUGCCGCGAUGCGAGUGACAUGGGCGCACUCCGUAAAUGGCAGUGGGAGAUGCACGAGCUCCAAGCCAUCAUGGACGGGGUGAACGUGAUACCAACGACGAAGAAGCGAAUGGGGUGGCCCAAUGACGGCAACCUAGAAAUGUUCCACCAAAUACGCAUGUGGAAGGGAGCGUGGCAAACACGCGAGAAGCAUCUCCGAGAGGUGCGCGCUCGAUGGGCGAUUAUCAUGGAAGAGCGGCGCCGGCAGAGAGAGGAACUGCUGGCACGCUCCGGCAAGGCUCCGAUGGGGAAGCUGAGUCCCACGGUUACCGUCAGGCUUUAUUAUCGUGGGCAGCUCCGGGAUGUACGGGAGCUUGAAAGAAUCAUGCCGGUUGAGGCUGGGGUACGGCUGGGGCAAACGACGCAGAGUUCUGGGUUUUGA